AUGCGAAUGAGUUGCAAUGGGUGUCGUGUGUUGCGAAAAGGGUGUAGUGAAGAUUGUAGCAUAAGACCGUGUUUGGAAUGGAUCAAGAACCCAGAAGCGCAGGGUAAUGCCACUGUUUUUCUUGCUAAGUUCUAUGGUCGUGCUGGUCUCAUGAACCUCAUCAACGCUGGCCCUCAACACCUUCGACCAGCGAUUUUUCGUUCGUUGUUGUACGAGGCAUGUGGUCGAAUUGUGAACCCAAUUUACGGGUCGGUGGGCUUGUUAUGGUCGGGAAACUGGCAGCUUUGUCAAACCGCCGUGGAAGCCGUUUUGAAAGGCGAGCCGGUGACGCCAAUCACAUCGGAAGCGGCGGCUAAUGCGCGGGCCCCACCUCUCAAGGCCUACGACAUUCGCCACGUGUCAAAAGACAAGGCGAUCGAGACUCCAAAAACCAAAACCCGAGUCCGGGUUAAGCGAACCGGCGGCGACCUACCUAUCAAACCGAAGGCCUCCAAGGGAACCGGAUUGGUUCCGGUCGACCCGGACACAAACCAGACUACGAGUCACGAGUCGGGACUGAGCCACCUGUCGGAAGCCGCGGCCAUCGUGGAAGGAGAGAGCAAAGAGAGUGAAAGUGUGGUGUCGAUGGAUAGUGAUCGAGUCGAUGAAAGUAGCAAUGAUCUUGGUUUGGAAUUGAGCCUUGGGUUCGAACCGGUUUCACGUGGUCAUCACAUGGUUCCCAUGAAGAAGAGAAAGAUCGAGUUUAAAAGUAACGAUGACUCCAUUGAGAAAGAGUCUUGGAAGAUGGAGUUAGGGCUUGAGUCCUCUGCUUGA